ACCUUCCCUUCUGGAUCUCUCUCUUCCCUAGAAUACUGGAGGGGGUAGGGCUGGGCAACACCAAGCUUCAGGGCUCUCAAGGAGAUCUGGAUUUCCUCAGCUCCCAGGGUUGGGCCCCGACCCCUGAUGUAGAGACAGAAUUGGGGACCUGGGCCUCAGUUUCCCCAUAAGGCAGAAAACAGUACAACUACACGUGCAUCCUUUCCUACCCCCCUGGGGCUUUGGAACGUGACCAGAAAAGAAAGAAAUCCGUAGAACACUGCUAUUUAUUUUCCUUUUCAUUUUCGGCUUGUGAGGAAGUUUCCAUAGUAGCACGCCUGUCCAGUCGUCUACCCAGAAUUCGGGCUCGAGAGUUCCUGUCUCAGGGCUCAGACUGGCAGGAACAGGAGUGUCCUCAGGCUUUCAUUGGUUACCGCCAGCCGAGCCCCUCGUAGCCCUGGUAACGGCACUGCCCACGAGUCGCCAGGCUGCGAUUGGUCCGUGCGCCAAAGGCCGAACACGAACUCCUCAGGCCGCUGGCCCGAGUCACGGGAAGCGGCGCCGCAGCUGGUGAUCCUAGAGGCCCAUCUUUGGAACAAGAUCUGGGAAUUACAGUCCAGCCUCAGGCCUCAACUUAGUUGGAGCUUGAGAGACAGAGCCUCCUGGACAGCAGCCUCACAGAGAAAGUACUUUGACCUUGGCAUCUAGACUUCUCCCUUCUCCCCCAUGGCCCUGACAAUGCUGAAUGAGCUCCUGAUUGAGGACCCAAGCCCACCUAUGCUGCUGUACCAGGUUAGCAAGACUGCCCAGUUAGAUACCCUCAACUAUCAGAGCUGCUUUAUGCAGGGCAUCUUUGCCCAUUUCCCUGAGAUCCUAUUUAUCCACCGGACCUAUAACCCCAGGGACAAGGUGUUAUAUACCUUCCUGGUGGACGGACCUCAGGUGCAGCUGGAGGGUCAUCUCGCCCGGGCAGUCUACUUUGCCAUUCCUGCCAAGGAGGAUGCUGAAGGCCUGGCCCAGCUGUUCCAGGUGUUCAAGAAGUUUAACCCAGCAUGGGAGAGAGUGUGUACCAUCCUAGUGGAUCCCCAUUUCCUCCCCGUGCCCACCCUAGCCAUGGAGUUCCCCGCAGCCGAGGUCCUGCCCUCAGCCUUCCACAUCUGUAAAUUCCUCCAAGGUAAGUUCUAUCAGCUGUCCCUUGAACAGCCUGUGGAGAGGGCGCUCCUGACCUCACUGCAGAGCACAAUGUGCUCGGCCACAGCUGGCAACCUGAGGAAGUUGUAUACACUCCUGAGCAACUGCAUCCCCCCAGCCCAGCUGCCUGAGCUCCACUCACACUGGCUGCUCAAUGACCGCAUCUGGCUGGCCCACCGCUGGAGAAGCCGAUCCGAGAGCAGCCGCUACUUCCAGGACCUGGAGGUCACCACCCGUGUCCUCAGCCAGUUCUUUGGCACCACCUCGUCUGUGGAACAAGGCAUGACCUCUCUGCUCCGAUACAUGCAGCAGAACUCCGGAGACAAGGCAAGCUUCAGCCUGGGCCUGAGUCCCCAGAACAAUUAUGUCCCCUCAGAUGUCACCCCUGAAAGCCCCAAAGUGGAGCAGUUGGUAGAAACCCGCAUCCAGCACUCCCUUAAUGCCAUCUGCACGGGCCCAGCAGCCCAGCUCUGCCUGGGUGAGCUUGCUGUGGUCCAGAAAUCUGUGCACCUCAUCGGCUCUGGCUCCGAAAAGGUAAACAUACAGAUUCUGGAGGACACCCAUAGGGUGCAGCCCCAGCCCCCUGCCAGCUGCAGCUGCUACUUUAACCAGGCCUUUCACCUGCCCUGCCGCCACAUCCUGGCCAUGCUCAGCGCCCGCUGCCAGGUGCUCCAGCCCGACAUGCUGCCAGCUCAGUGGACAGCAGGCUGUGCUGCCAGUCUAGACAACAUCCUGAGCAGCAAGUGGAGUGAGACCCUAGAUAAGCACUUGGCAGUGGCUCUCCUCACUCAGGAGGUGGGUCAGCUCUUACAGCACUGCAACCAGGAGGAGUUUGAGCGGCGGUACAGCACGCUGCGUGAAUUGGCUGAUGGCUGGAUCGGCCCUUAUGAGCAGGUCCAACUCUGAUUUCCGUCACUGCCCAGGGAUGCUCAUCCACACUGUGCACACUCACAUCCACCCCCACAUGCACACCCCCACACACUCACACUGUUGUACUGCCAUGGGCUCUCCUUCCAGGAAAAGAUAAGAGUCCUAUUUUACUGCAGCCUGCUACGUAAAAUGUGUCUAGUUCCCCAAGAUAAGAGUCAGCAAAUCUUUGCUGUAAAGGGCCCAAUAGUAAAUAUCUUAGACUUCAGUGGCCACAUGUAGUAGUCUCUGUUGUAUAUUCUUGUUUUCAUUGUGGUUUUUUUUACAACCUUUUCAAAAGGUAAAAACCAUUCUUAGCUCAAGGGCCUUACAAAAAUUGCUAACCCCUGCUCUAAGAUAAGAGAUAAGACACUGAGUGAAGAUAGAGGGCUGGGCCUUGGUUUCAGACACUCACCUGACCCACAGAGGAAAAGGCCCCUCAGGGGAGGUGGCUCACUAGGCGCCCAGGCUCCUUCCUGCAACCCCCUCACCCAUGCUGAGUUCAUUAAAGUUGAAUGUUGCCUAUUCCAGCACUUAUCUAGUUCUUUGUCUUAUAGAAGGCAGUUUAGGAAAUACUGUGGAAAGAAUACACACUUCAGAGUCUGACACUACAUGCAAAUCCUCGUUCCUUCCCUGCCUGAUUUUUGAGGCCUGGUUCUUUUUUUUCAGUGGAGAAGACUGGCCCUGAGUUAACAUGUGUUGCCAAUCUUCCUCUUUUUGCUUGAGGAUGAUUGUC